AGUCACGUGAAGCACGCAUCCUAGGGAGGAGGGGUUUGGCUGAGGGGUCCGAAGUGGCAGUAAAAAGAGGAAGAUGGCGGGGUGCAGGGGAUCCCCGUGCUGCUGCUGCCGGUGGUGCUGCUGUUGCGGCGAGCGCGAGACCCGCACCCCGGAGGAGCUGACCAUCCUUGGGGAGACACAGGAAGAGGAAGAUGAGAUCCUUCCAAGGAAAGACUAUGAGAGUCUGGACUACGACCGCUGUAUCAACGACCCUUACCUGGAGGUGCUGGAGACUAUGGAUAACAAGAAGGGGCGGAGGUACGAGGCGGUGAAGUGGAUGACAGUGUUCGCCAUUGGAGUCUGCACCGGCCUGGUGGGUCUCUUCGUAGACUUUUUUGUGCGACUCUUCACCCAGCUCAAGUUCGGAGUGGUCCAAACGUCCGUGGAAGAAUGUAGCCAGAAAGGCUGCCUGGCCCUGUCCCUCCUCGAACUCCUGGGUUUUAACUUGACCUUUGUCUUCUUGGCAAGCCUUCUUGUCCUGAUUGAGCCAGUGGCAGCAGGUUCGGGAAUACCUGAGAUCAAGUGCUACCUGAAUGGCGUGAAGGUGCCAGGAAUCGUCCGGCUCCGGACCCUGCUUUGCAAAGUCCUGGGAGUGCUCUUCAGUGUGGCUGGAGGGCUCUUUGUGGGGAAGGAAGGCCCCAUGAUCCACAGCGGAGCCGUGGUGGGAGCUGGCCUUCCUCAGUUUCAGAGCAUCUCCUUGCGGAAGAUCCAGUUUAACUUCCCUUAUUUCCGAAGCGACAGAGACAAGCGAGACUUUGUCUCAGCCGGGGCAGCCGCAGGGGUGGCUGCCGCUUUCGGGGCACCCAUUGGAGGCACCUUGUUUAGUCUGGAGGAGGGCUCGUCCUUCUGGAACCAAAGGCUCACAUGGAAAGUGCUCUUCUGCUCUAUGUCUGCCACCUUCACCCUGAACUUCUUCCGUUCUGGGGUUCAGUUUGGAAGUUGGGGCUCCUUCCAGCUCCCAGGAUUGCUGAGCUUUGGCGAGUUUAAGUGCUCUGACUCUGAUAAAAAAUGUCAUCUCUGGACAGCUAUGGAUUUGGGGUUCUUCGUCGUGAUGGGGGUCAUUGGGGGCCUCCUAGGAGCCACAUUCAACUGUCUGAACAAGAGGCUUGCAAAGUACCGGAUGCGAAACGUGCACCCGAAACCUAAGCUCGUCAGAGUCUUGGAGAGCCUCUUGGUGUCCCUGGUAACCACCGUGGUGGUGUUUGUGGCCUCAAUGGUAUUAGGAGAAUGUCGAGAGAUGUCCUCUGCGGGUCAAAUCGGCAAUGGCUCCGUCCAGCUCCAGGUCACAUCAGAAGAUGUAAAUUCAAGUAUCAAGACGUUUUUUUGUCCCAAUGAUACAUACAAUGACAUGGCCACACUCUUCUUCAAUCCUCAGGAGUCAGCCAUUCUCCAGCUUUUCCACCAGGACGGGACCUUCAGCCCCGUCACCCUGGCCUUGUUUUUCAUUCUCUAUUUCCUGCUUGCCUGUUGGACUUACGGCAUUUCUGUUCCGAGUGGUCUGUUUGUGCCCUCUCUGCUGUGUGGGGCAGCUUUUGGGCGCCUUGUUGCCAAUGUCCUGAAAAGCUACAUCGGACUGGGCCACAUCUACUCAGGGACCUUUGCCCUGAUUGGUGCAGCGGCCUUCUUGGGCGGCGUGGUCCGGAUGAGCAUCAGCCUGACGGUCAUCCUGAUCGAGUCGACCAACGAAAUCACCUAUGGGCUUCCCAUCAUGAUCACCCUGAUGGUAGCCAAGUGGACAGGGGACUUUUUCAAUAAGGGCAUCUAUGACAUCCACGUGGGCCUGCGGGGCGUGCCACUCCUGGAGUGGGAGACCGAGGUGGAGAUGGACAAGCUGAGAGCUAGCGACAUCAUGGAGCCCAACCUGACAUACGUCUACCCGCACACUCGCAUCCAGUCUCUGGUCAGCAUCCUACGCACCACGGUCCACCACGCCUUCCCAGUGGUAACAGAGAACCGGGGCAACGAGAGGGAGUUCAUGAAGGGCAACCAGCUCAUCAGCAACAACAUCAAGUUCAAGAAGUCCAGCAUCCUCACGCGCGCGGGCGAGCAGCGCAAGCGGAGCCAGUCCAUGAAGUCCUAUCCGUCCAGUGAGCUGCGCAACAUGUGCGAGGAGCACGCGGCCCCCGAGGAGCCAGCCGAGAAGGAGGACCUGCUGCAGCAGAUGCUGGAGCGCAGAUACACCCCCUACCCCAACCUAUACCCUGACCAGUCCCCGAGCGAAGACUGGACCAUGGAGGAGCGCUUCCGCCCGCUGACCUUCCACGGCCUCGUCCUGCGCUCACAGCUCGUCACCCUGCUCGUCCGGGGCGUGUGCUACUCGGAAAGCCAGUCGAGUGCCAGCCAGCCACGCCUUUCCUAUGCUGAGAUGGCCGAGGACUACCCGCGGUACCCCGACAUCCAUGACCUGGACCUGACGCUGCUGAACCCUCGGAUGAUUGUGGAUGUCACCCCAUACAUGAACCCUUCCCCAUUCACCGUCUCUCCCAACACCCACGUUUCCCAAGUCUUCAACCUGUUCAGGACCAUGGGCCUCCGCCACCUGCCUGUAGUGAACGCAGUGGGAGAGAUCGUGGGGAUCAUUACUCGGCACAACCUGACAUAUGAGUUUCUGCAGGCCCGGCUGCGGCAGCAUUACCAGACCCUCUGAGUCUGCGGCCCCCUCCCCAAGCCGCCUGGCAGGCGCAUGCUCACUCAAGGGCCCCACAGGUGGCUGGGCUGUUCCAGCCCAGAGGUUCCCAGUUACGCCCUUGCCCAGAAAGCCUGGAAUCAUCAAGCACUACGCUGGCCAGAGAUCCUGAAGAUGGGCCUGAACUGGAAGCUUGGGCUCUUCCAGCUUCUCCACAGGCCCCCGUUGUUCCCUGUGCUUCUGCAUCGGUGUCGGCACAGGCCUGCCCAACCCCCCCGUGAGCCAGGGCCAGGGGUGGAAGGCAGGCCGGGCCCUGCGUAUCUUUCCUGCCUGCCGUUCCUGCUCUCCUGGAGUGCCCAGCUGCUGCCUUAGAUCCUGGAUGGCCUGGGCCCAGGUGAACAAUGCGGGGCUGUUUUCCAUGAAGUCCAUUGCUGAGUUUGGAAAUUGGGCUUGGAGAAAGCCCCUGUGAACAGGGAGGCCUUUCUUGGAACGACGACUCCUCCUCCUCUUCCUCCUCCUCCUCCUCCUCCUCCU